UUGUCUCAUUCCAGCGCACUGAUUUGGAAGAGGGACGUCCGAGGACUCUCCGUGUGCUUCAUGACGGCAAAAUAUUUGAUCUACCGUGGUUUUUAAACUUCAAGCAGCGUGGAUAUAACAAUCCCUGGGUGUCUACGGAGUACAGAAUCUGCAAAGUUGGUUUGUUGCAAGGUGCUUUACAGGAAUCAAGUAAUGAAUACAGAUGAAAAAAGAGAUCAGAAAACAAAAAUAGAAGAGCCCAGUGAGCUGCUUUGAAUGAGAAGGUGACGAUGUCAUCUAUUUUCUGCCAUGGAAAUAGAGAACAAAGAAAGCCCUGUGGAUGAACAGGGUACUCCCCCUACAGAGCGAGGCCUACUACAUCUGUGGCAGGCAGGGGUCACAAGUGAGGGGCUCUGUCCAGACAGAGUUCUUCUUUCGAGGCCGAUUCUACAAGCUUCCCUUGGUGCUUACCAUGGGCUCAUUCUGGCACAAGGUGGUCUGGUGUACUCAUUCGGGCAGCUGCCAUGGAGGCAAGGUCUGUGCGUUCCUGCUGCAUCUCCCCUGUUGGAAAGCUCACUGGCUAUGCAGAUGGUGGUCAAAAUUGCUGCAGGGGGCUUCCACUGUGGGGCGGUCACUGAGCAGGGUGGGGUCUACAUGUGGGGGGAGAACUCUGCUGGCCAGUGUGGACUUACUGAUAAAGGAGGGAUACAUGGAAAAAGAGGUCUACCAGACAGAGGUACGCUGUUUAUUCCAGAACCUUCUCCUGUCAGUGUGGUGGACAAUGAGGUUCUUCCAACAGUCCUAGUGAAGGUUGUGGAGCUAGCCUGUGGCAUGGAGCACACCCUGGCACUCUCUGCCAAACAUGAGCUUUGGGCUUGGGGGAGUGGCUGUCAACUAGGCCUGGUCACCAAGACCUUCCCUGUAUGGAGACCCCAGAAGGUGGAGCACUUAGCGGGCCGACAUGUGAUCCAAGUGGUUUGUGGUGGUUACCACAGUCUAGCCCUGGUUCGCGGUUUACCUUCACAAAACUAUGACGCCCAGAAUCCCUCUGAGGGGUUUGAGGCACGCCAGCAGCCCGAUUACUCAGCAAUAGAAAGGGAUGAGCUCAUUACUGUUGAUGAUGCCCACUACUGUCCACUGGGUGUGGAGCUUGCUGAGGUCACCUCAGGAAAGGGCUGUCUCAGAAGAAGUAUGCCGAGACGGAGACUCUUGGCUGCAGAAAGGCUGGCCAGCGCCAGCCCUGCCUCUGAAGCUAGUCCAUGUCUUUAUUCUGAAAGCCAGAAACCUGUGCAUGCUUCGGACCUUGGAAACAGAAUGCCCUCUGCCACCACAACACUUGACAAAAUGAAUCAACCGUUCCAGGCCGAACUUGAGCCUGAUGGACAGGCUGAGCAUCCAACCCAAACAGACAGCACUGAUAAAGCCUGCCCAUUGGCAGGCCUGAGAAGAAAUAAGAAAUCUGCCCCCUGUGAUGAGUUGGCGCUUCAAGAUUUCCUCCAGAGACUCUCAGGCCGUUCGCUGGAAGAGCAAGGUGCCAGAGGGGCAGGAGAGACUAAUUCAUCAGAUGACAGCUACCCCUCCUCAGUAUCAGAACCUUCCAGAGACCUGCUAGAAUCCAGUUACGAAGACGACUCUCCAGUCAGAAGGAACACCAACUCCAACCGCGGUGUUUCCAUGCUGUGCUCCUCUGCUCCAGUGUGUGUCGAGGAGGUGCGUGUAUCUAUUGAGGAGGAGGCAGUGGGUAGGAAGAGCUCCAGUUUAACAGAUAUUACUCUGGAGGAGAGCCCAGAAGUCAAGAGGAGAUGCUCCCUGCCUGGAACGCCCACUCAUGGGACUCCGAGAUAUAGAAGCCCAGGAUAUAGGAUAUCCUCUGGGGGUAGGAUGACCAAGAGGGGUAAGGGUAGGACCCAGGGUGUUGGACUUGAGGAGGCUAGAGAUGGAAUGCCUCAUUUGGGCACAGAAGUGUGGAGCUGGGGCCGUGGGAUGGAGGGACAAUUGGGCCAUGGAGACCACCUACCCAGACUCCAGCCUCUCUGUGUUAAGAGUCUGACAGGGGAGCAGGUCGUCAAACUUGCUGCAGGGACACACCAUUCGCUGGCCCUGACUGCUCAGUGUCAGGUGUAUUCAUGGGGCAGCAACAUGUGUGGGCAGCUUGGUCAUAUCAAUAGCCCUGCUACUAUACCGCAGCAGGCAAAGCUCACGGAGGGCAUUCAUGUGUGGGAUGUGUCAGCUGGCCAGAGCCACUCUCUCCUAUUGGCUGAUGGAGACUGUGUCCAGCCAAUCAUCUACUACUGUGGCCAGCAGCCGGUGUCACAGCCGUACUUAGCAAAAACUGAGCGGUCGUCGCAGGGUCAAAGGCUGUGCCAGAGGUCACCGAACAGGGCGGAGACAUAUACAGUGAGACCCCUCCUCCUGCCCUUCUGCAUGGAGAUGGGCUAUGUUAGCGGCGUGUUUAGUGGGGGUCAGAUGUGUGCAGCACUGGCAGACCAGAACGUCAUGGGUUUUAUCUCUGCCAGUCAUGAGCUGGCCUCCAAAGAGAGACAGCAGUACUGCUGGCUCUACAACAUAAGCAAAGACAUCCUGAAACCACUACUGAACAAAGAGAGCACGUGUUCCUCUUUAGGUCAGCCAUGCAGCCGUCUUUUCCUCUCUCUGUCCGAGAGUUUGGUCCAUCUGUCGGCUCUGACUGGACGACACUCCGUCUCUCUCACACACUUCCUGCAAAACACACAGCGCUAUGAUGUCACUUCCCUCCCACUGCUGGUGCACGCUGACCUCUUCAUGGAUGCUUACAAAGAGUAUUGUGCAUCAGUAGGUAAUUUCCAGGUGAUGGGUGGAUUCCAGUCCCUCCAUAAACUCUCUGUUGAGUGUUUUGGGAAGCAGCAAGAUGUGGUGUUUCGGCUGUGUGGUGUUGACCAGGCAGGCAGUACUGAGGUCAUGGUGGUGUUGUUCUACCUGCCACUCCAGCACCUUCACCAGUACAGCAGAUCACUGCUCAAACUGGCUGCCUGCUAUGAUGUAUCAACUCCAGAGUAUAUGUCUCUCCAUCAGGGCUGCUCUCAGUACGAGUCUCUGUCUCUCUCUCUGUGGAGGAGCAGGAAAGAGGCUGAGGCCACGGCUCUCUUCUGGAAGACCUACUCUACUAAAACUGCAGAUCUCCUGUGUCGCCCAGAGCGCCGUGUGGUGUGUGAGAGCAGUAACAGAGGUCUGACCCUGCAGAAUGCUGGGAGGUUCUCUAGUCACUGGUUCAUUUUAUUCAAUGACGUGCUGGUACACACUCAGGGUACCAUCCCCUCUAAGAGUCUUUUCUCCUCCCACCAUGUCUAUCCACUGACCUGUCUGUGGGUGAGACCUGUUACAGAUGACAGCAGCGGACUCAGUGCCAUCAAAGUGACCUGUCCGGAGGAGAGUUUCACCCUCGUUGCCUCGACGCCACAGGAAAAGAACAAGUGGUUGCAUGCUCUGAAUCAGGCGGUAGAACAUGCACUGGGCGGCGGAGGUCAAGGGUCAUCUCCAAGGGUGACAGGGGUCCCGGCGGUGUCUCGCUCAGCGUCGUAUACCUUCACUGGUGAGGGGCGACUGAAAGACGCGCAUUACAGUGGAGGAUGGCUGGCUGGAAAGAUUCACGGCAGGGGAACCAUGAAGUGGCCUGAUGGACGCAGCUACACAGGGAAUUUUAAGAAUGGCUUGGAGGAUGGCUAUGGAGAAUGUGUGAUACUUAACAAGCUCCUGAAUAAACCAGACCGUUACCGAGGACACUGGAAAGAGGGCAAGAUCCACGGCUUUGGAACAUACAAGUAUGCCAGCGGUGAGGUAUACGAGGGCUGUUUCUACGAUGGUCAGCGGCAUGGUUAUGGCAUGCUGAGCUCUGGCAAGCUGACCAGGACUUCCUCCAGCGUUUUCAUUGGCGUUUGGGUUCAUGACAGGAAGACAGGAUACGGUGUCUUUGAUGAUAUCACAAGAGGUGAGAAGUACAUGGGUCUGUGGCUGGAUGACCAGAAGCAGGGCAAUGCUGUGGUGGUCACCCAGUUUGGUCUGUAUUAUGAAGGGACCUUCAGAGACAAUAAAAUGAAUGGUACAGGGCUCUUGAUUUCAGAGGAUGACACAUCUUUUCAUGGAGAGUUUUCUGAAGACUGGGCUGUCAGUGGGAAGGGUGUUCUGACCCUGGCUAAUGGUGACUGUCUAGAUGGUCUGUUCAGCGGAGAAUGGACUACAGGGCUGAAGGUCAUAGGAACAUACACCAAGCCCAUUCACUAUGAGCAUGACAGCAAAGACCGUGGAUGGCAGCUUGAAGUGGGACGAUACAAGGUCCCUGCAGAGCAGAGGUGGCAGUGUGUGUUUGAGGAGUGCUGGAGUCGUCUGGGCUGUGAUCCCGCUGGGACACCUGACAGGAGCACCGCAUGGGAGAAGAUUGCUGUCACCAUAACAGCAGGACGCAGAGAGAGCCCAGACCUCAGCAGGUCUCAGAGCAGAGUACUGGAGCAUUUGGAGUGGAUUCCUCGGCAUGGAGAACCCAUCACAGCUUCAAACUUCAGCAACAUACGGCGAUACCUGGCCAAGGCGUGUGACACUCCCCUUCAUCCCUUGGGAUGGCUGGUGGAGACCUUGGUAACAGUCUACAGGAUGACCUAUGUGGGGGUCGGCUCUAAUCGCAGACUUCUCAAAGAGGCCGUCCAGGAAAUCAGGUCCUAUCUCACUCGCAUCUUCAGUAUAGUCAGGUUUCUGUUUCCAGGGUUACCAGAUGAAGGCAGCCUCAUCCCUAGCCCCCCUUGCUCCCCAUCCUCAGCUGUCUUAAGCACACACGACAGACUGGCUAACACAUCACAGGGGAGUGGGCAGGUGGUGAGCUGCUCCUCCUUGCUCCUCCCUGUUCUCCUUCCUCGUCUGUACCCUCCUCUCUUCACCCUGUACUGCCUGGAGGAGGAGCGAAAGGAGGUGGUCUACUGGGAGAGCAUCCUGAGGCUCAACAAACAACCCGACCAAUCACUGCUCAGCUUUCUGGAAGUUCCUGAAAAGUUUUGGCCCGUGUCCAUGUCUGUUCUGGGAGAGAGGAGACAGAUCCUAUCCACCAGUAAAGAUGCCUGCUUUAUUCCUGCUGUAGAGACGCUGCAACAGAUCAGUACUACUUUCACCCCCUCAGACAAGCUCGUAGUGAUCCAGAGGACCUUUAAGGAGCUGACCCAGGAAGUAAAAUCCUCACAGGUGGACAACUUCCUGUGGUCUAUGGAUGAACUCAUCCCUCUUUUCAUAUACGUGGUGGUCAGAGCCAGGAUCAGAAACCUGGGAGCUGAGAUAUGCCUGAUUGAAGAUCUAAUGGAUCCCAGUCUUCAGCACGGAGAACUGGGAAUGAUGUUUACCACACUGAAAGCCUGCUAUUUCCACAUCCAACAUGAGAAGACAGCGUAGGGCGCAGUAUGUAGGCACCCACAUAGGACUCACGUAACCAGGAAAUUGCUACUGACAGGCAACAAACACCAACUUACAGGGAGUGGGGCCUCUCUUUUCAUGCCCCCCCCACCUCGGAGCUUCCCACUACAACCACACCUUCUACUGCUGAGCAGUUGUAUUGUAGAGGGUUGACGUGCCUUGCUUAAUGGUACCUCUGGUUCUUCAUAAGGGAGGGGUGGGCAUUACUUUUUCACCCAUGACAAACUAAGGAUCAUGAGGGAAUAUGAAUUUACAUUGAUGAUGUAUAUUGCCACCAGCCAUUAGAUUAUUUAUUGACUCUUUGACCAGUCUGGUACUGGGAAGCAGACUGCUCAAACCAGUAUCCAGUGUAAAGCAAAUUUACUUCAAAUAUUUAAAAAUACUUAUAUAUUUAUUGAAAAUCAUUUGUUAACAAAUCCCCUGACAGUUGAUUUAAUCGAGUGUAUUAACCCAUCAUGUCCUGAACUUUACCCCGUUAAAAGGGCACUUACAUAGAUGUGCAUUUGUCCCCUGCUGCAGUUACCUUUACUAUCCAGCGGCUCAACUCGACAGAUUCACUAUGGUGAAACAGUGUUUAGUACAGGGGUGUGUACCAGUCUACAAUGUAGCUAGACAACUGUACAAAAUUUAGCCAAGUCUAUACAUUUCUCUGAUUGUACAAUAUUUUAAAACUAUUUUUGAAAUUAAAUGAUUUCUCUUAUAACAAGGGAGCAUGGGUAACCCCUUUAAGAAACCCUCAGGUGCACUUUGUAAACCGCUGCUGUAGAGUAUCGACAAGUACUUCAUGAUAAACUCUCUCACACACAGUAUGCUUAAAAGGCUGUAUCGAGACAAAAAUUGCAAUUGCUAUUAAUCACAUGCUAUUAUUGUGUACCUGUGAUGACUUAUGGGAAGUUAUUACCCGGUUGAUCCACAGGAAUAAAACUACUGUAAACUAAAGGUAUUAUCUACUUUUUAAAGUUUCUCCUCCUUCUGUCGGUCAUUUGACUAGACACGCCAGUCAGAAGGAACUGCAGAUCAUCUGGAUCAUCAGUUUAAUUUGUAAGGGAACGUGGGACAUGUUGAAACGAUGGCCUAAGUGUGGCCAGCCGUAUUUGUAAGGGACUUGGGGUCUUCAGCUGUAGUAAACUUUACUAACGGAGUGAACGAAUACCAUUAACUGUAUAGAUUGUUUUGCCAGGGCCAACUCUUUAGAUCAUCUUAUAGCCUCAAGCAAACACACUAGACUUUUUCCUGAAGAAUUUUUAUGUAAUAUAAUCAAGUAUCAAUGAUUUUGUCAAAGAGCAGUUUUUUAUGUUGAAGUAUUUAAAGUUGCACAAAAUGAAUAAAACCUUCUACCCAGAGACAUAUUUAAAGGAACAUUUCACCACUUUUAUGUGGGUGUCCAAUCGGUGUUGACGGCAAAUGUUGUUGAUUGAAGCAAUAAAUCCCUCGUUUCGUGUUAAAUUGACCGAUGAGUUCUGCUGGUCGCGGAGCCGUGCCAGCAGUGCCUGCAUGUACCAGGAUGCAUUGCGUGCAAACUUCUGACACCCAACUCCCACAACUCCUUCCAAAACCCAGCUUUUGGCUUUGUGUACAAAGAACAACGUCUAAAAUCUUCACUCUUCAAUCAGAAAACUGAAAAAUGACAUCAACUGAAUUGGAUUAUUUUUAUCGAAAACAAACAUGCCUUGACCAUAUGCACGCCCUGAACAUAUACUGUACUGUAACGUAGCAGCUAUUAUAAACACAAAACACAGUGGUCAUUGUAAUCGACUCUGUGCACAACUGUAGUCCACUGACUUCCGGUUUCUACUGAAGCGGUCAUACCAGUUUCCUGUUUGGUGGCGUGUGCCAUUGACAGUGGCAUAUUUUUCGUCAUGCCUGCAAGAUUUACCAUGGAUUAAUGUCAACGACAUGCACAGAAUUGUCGACAAACUUUCACCUGCACCUACCAGCAAACGGGUGAAAAGUUUCAAGUUGUACAUGUCAAGUUAUGUCCACAAUUAUGACGAUGAGCGGACGGACGGACGGACAGACCGAUGGACCUGUGGACGUAACUUGAUAUGUACAACUUCCAUUUCCUACUGCAGUAGAAACCGGAAGUUCGUGGAUGACAGUUAUGCACAAAGGUGGAAAGCCGGAUGUGGGUAUGUGUCCUGGUCGCUGCACUAGCGCCUCCUCUGGUCAGUCGGGGCGCCUGUUGGGAGGGGGAGCUAAUACAAAAGUGUUCAUUUAUUUGUGGAUGAGCUAUUAUCUUAAAUAAACCAGCGAUAAAGC